UUCUAUACCAUAUCGUUAGACAAAUCCCAGCCCGUUCGCUUCUUCCAUCGUCACCGAUGUUAUGGCGGACUACAACAAGCACAGCAGCAAGCGGCUCUCUGAUGAUGGAGCAGGACCGGAGGAGAAGGAAGGCAGUGUGAAAACUAAGACUGUCUCUUCCAGCACUGGAGGAGGGGGGAAACGCUCGGCCCAGGAGGUCAGCCCUGGCCCGGGGAAGGAGUCCACCUCGAGCCACCCGGUACCCCCAGCCCCCAAAGUCUCCAAGAUAGGGUUUGGUCUGAUCAGCCAGCCUAUAAAGAAGCCUGCACCCAUCUCCAUCAAGCUGGGUGCUAGUAAACCCAAAGAGCCUGUACCUGUACCUGCCAAGAAACCAGCCCUGGCCUCGGUUUUCAAUGUCGACUCUGAUGAUAGUGAGGAGGAGAUGCCUGCAGAAGCCAAGAUGAGGAUGAAGAACAUUGGCAGGGAGACGCCCACGUCAGCAGGCCCCAACUCCUUCAACAAGGGGAAGCAGGGAUUCUCCGACCACCAGAAGCUCUGGGAGAGGAAGCUCAAGUCUCAGACGGACACUGACCAAUAGGGCUCCACCUCAUUGGUUAUUAGUCACAGUAGGACCAGUAGGGCUCGGCCUUACUGGGUUGCUAAUGACAACAGUCAAACUGCACACCGUGUUUGCUUAUGUGUGGAAUGAUGUCACCUUGAUUGAGUGUGCUUUUUGUCUUCGUUUGUCUGUUGACGAUGGUGUAAAAACAAUGUACAUACUGCUAUGUAAUGAUGGUGACACAUUCGUGCUAUCAAGCAUAUUUUUUGUUUUAAAUGUGAGUGUGUGUGUGCGUGUGUUAUAUAGCGGACUGGAGUGGGUGUAGUUAAGAGCAAUGACGACACGUUUUGGGAAAGGGAACUUCAAGACAACUUAAUAAUAGUUUCUGACUCAUCUAGGAUAUAUCACUAGUUUAUAAUUGUCCUAACAGGGUUUUCAACCCUGGCCUUUCCCUCUUUAUGCACUGUCUGUCAUGCCUUUACAGAGUGAUCACAGACAGGAACCAUUUGUCCCGUGCCUGAGGUUGACAUGUAGAAAUAUUCAUAUUAGGACAAUAAACUUACAUUCAAUUCCAAAAUGAAAUUGAUUUUUUUAUGAUAUUUAUGCAAAAAAAGCAAUUGAACCACAAUGCGCAAACCAGUGUAUCGUAUACAUUCUUCAUAUGCAUAAAUAAUGUAAAGCCUCAUUGACAAUCUUGAUGAUGUUACUGGGUAUAAGAAGAGGAGCGGAGGACAGUAUUAUCAAAGAUUUUUAUAACUAAACCAAGAUAGACCACAGCCUGUCGUUUCAAACGGGGAACGAAUGAGUCGUAGUGGGCAGAACAAGCAGACGCUUCACGUUUAUACAUCCGGUGAAAUAUCGGUCUCAUUGUUCUAUCUGCAAUUAUACUCUUUCAAAAUGGAAAGACGUGACGUAAGCAUUUUUUCCUUCACAUAAGGAAACAAAUUAUUCGGCAAUCAACAGCUGUCUUUAACUGUAGCUUAUGCAAGUAUGUUACAUCCUUCUCUGUACUGUAGUUCGUUUGUAAUAUAAAUAAGUAAUAUACCUCUUCUGGGGUGUAUUAAUGUUAAAGGAAUUCUUGCUUGAGUGUAAAUGAUUAAAUAAUUCUACCCGGAAUGUAGGGAUAGGGUCUAUAUAGCCUGUAGAAUAAGUAACUAAAGGGUUAAGCAUAAGUCUCAUCAGAUUGACUAGGAUAGGAGAGGAAUGGAGGUCUGUGUGUUUAAGUAAACAUCAAGAACUGUUAAACUGUGGUUGACCUGACCUAGCUUGAACCCUCUAGGUUUCCCUAAUCUCAGAGAUAUGAAACUGUCGGCUGGGUAAGAAUUUACGGUGUUGAGAGUUCUGGGGAAGAACAAUUAACUCUCCUUAGUGUUAGUGUGUAAUGUGUGUGCGUAAAUGAGGAGCCUGGUAUAUAAUAGAUGUUUUGUGUAUGAACUGCAGAGCGCUCUCCUUAAUAAACUAUUCUGAUUCUUGUAA